AUUUACUAAUUUGAGUCCUAUAGGCUUGCAUUGAGUUCGAAGUUCACGGUCAAACAUUCCUUAGGUUUAAAUGUUCGACCAAGAACCGAACACGGCGGUGUUUGACCCAUCACUGCUCACACAGUGUCACUCAGGGCUGCCUAUCAUUGCCACCUAUCAGUGCCGCCUAUCGGUGCCAUAUAUGAGUGCUGCCUUUCAGUGUCCAUCAGUGAUGCCUGUCAAUGCCCAUCAGUACCACCUACCAGUGCCUCCUCAUCAGUGCCCAUCAGUGCCACCUAUCAGUGUCCAUCAGUGCAGCCUAUCAGUGCCCAUCACUGCAGCCUCAUUAACGCACAUCAGUGAAGGAGAAAAAUCACUUAUUUACAACAUUUUAUAA